AUGCCAUCAAGGACAUAUUUGGCAUUCAGCCAUCAACGGUAUACAAGUCUUAAAUGUGUAAGAAAUUUGGACACAUGGUGUCCUCACUGUUCAGGUAAUGCAAAAAUUUCCAUUGAAGAAGCUAGAAAAAUCGCGACUAAAAAUAAAGGAUUAUGUCUUUCUGAAACGUAUAAUGGUGCACAUACAAAAUUAAAAUGGCAGUGUGAAAAAAAGCAUGAAUGGUAUGCAACCGUGGAUAAAUGA